AUGGCAGCCGUGAGCUUUGAGACUAUCAAAGGCACUACACAGCCCAAGCCUCUAUACGACUUCAAUGCCCCCGAAAGCGUUCACGACUGCAUUGUUAUGUCCGACAAAACCAUUGGCGGUUUCUCACAAAGCAACUUUGACUUCCAAAAGUCUACCGAGUCGAGCGCCAGCUCAAAGACACCCUCCGCAUAUGCCCGCUUUUACGGCAACAUCUCUACUCGCCUCCCAGACGACCGUCCCAACAUUGAACGUACAGGCUUCGCUGGCUUCCGGUCCCCUGACCAAAGACCCACCAUGUUUGGUCGUUCAAUGUGGGAUAUCGAUCCCUAUAUCUAUCUCGCCCUGCGUGUCAAAUCCGAUGGCCGCAGUUACUUUGUCAAUGUGCAGACAGAGAGUGUUGAGCCCUCAGACCUGCACCAGCAUCGACUGUUUCCGAAACGCCCGGGUCAGUGGGAAACUGUGCUAAUCAAAUGGAACGACUUUGUUAGAACGAACCAUGGCUUCGUUGUGGAACCGCAGACUGAAAUGUUGCGACAGAAGGUACUGACUGUUGGUGUUGGACUGACAGACCGUGUCGAUGGUCCUUUUGAGCUUUGUAUCGAAAGAGCCUGGGCCACCAACGACGCAAGUGAGGCGGACAUAACGGAAGAGCCUCAAGCUUCCGUUAUUUCAGAAGAGGGUGAACUGAGAAAUAAAAAGGGUGAAAAGACUUGA